UCAUUUCACGCGUAUGCGGUUUCCCGUGGCAUGAAUCCUCGAGAAAUAUCAUCGCCGUAGGGACCUCGCGCUAAAACCGUGAAAAUUGGCUGUCAAAACAUAACCUCUUCGCACCACUGUUGUCAUCGUCGUUUGACGUUUGGCUACGCGCACAAUCCUCACUUAAUUAAGUUUUGUAACUUGAUUUAAGAGCAAUGUGCGAUCUUCACGUCGCAUCUCCCUUCGAUUUUCUUUUUUUUAACUUCGUAAAAACAAAAUUACAAUCAAGAACAGUUUCGUUUUUAUGAUAUCGCAAUGCAUUGGUUGCAACUUUUAGGAUUUACAAUUUAAAACAUUGCGAUCCUUCAUCUGUUGUUGCGCAAAAAUUUUAUAUAAACUUAUUGCUACAAAUAGAUUUAAGACUAGACAAUCAAAGAUGCAUUAUCAAACUCGUAAAAAUGUAGACUGUUAUUCUUUUAGGAGGCAGUCAACAAAUGUUCUAUCCUUGACAUUUAUUAAUGAAUAACAAUGAUAGCGACAUUUGUCAACUAUGUCUCCUAAGGACAACAGUCAUAGUACUUAUAAUACUGUUAAACGCAAUAGAUUAAUUUUGUAUUUUUCUUAUUUCAUGGCGUUCUUUACUUUGUGACACUUCCUUGAAACAGCAUUAGUACUGCUAGCGUUUGCUGGUUCCAUUGGAAUGACAUUUGUCAUUCUUGGCUGUGCAUUACCGAUAUAUAAAGUAUGGUGGCCAUUUUUUGUUGUACUGUUCUAUAUAUUGGCACCUAUUCCAACUAUAAUAGCACGUCGCUACACAGAUGAUUCAGGAAGCAAUAGUAAUCCUUGUUUAGAGUUUGCAAUAUUUAUUACAAUGGGAUUCGUAGUAUCGUCCUUUGCUCUUCCAAUAGUAUUGGCGCGAUCUCCGGCAGACCAGCCAGUGAUAGAAUGGGGUGCUUGCUACCUGACAUUAGCGGGUAAUAUUGUUGUGUAUUCAACUCUAGUCGGAUUUUUCAUAACCUUCGAUCAGGAUGAUACUGAUUACAACAUGUGGUGAAGUACUACUGCAAUGUACUUAUUCAUCAUGAUAAAAAUGUUUUCUAUGAGAUUAGAAGGAAAAAAAUAUCAAUCAUACAGUGCACUGACUGAAAGUUACAUGUUGAUUCUAAAUUAUAAAACUUAUUGUACACAGUUUACAUAAUAUAAACCCUAAUAUGGAUACUCUACUAUACUUGAUGCUACAAAAGAAAAUAGUAUUAUAGUGCACUAACAAUAGAAUGUGUUAAUGAAAAUACACUACAUUGGAUUCCACGCGUGUUACAGAGCAGCGAAAAACAAAAUGCAUUUGAUGUCUUAGAUUUUUCGUAUGGGACUAUUCAGGAUAACCUGAAGCGCAACAAUGCAAGGAUAAUGUUGAAAAUAUUUUUUAUUUAAUCUAAGUCUUUCGUAAUAAUAAUGGUAAUAAAGCUACGAUUUAUUACUUAA